AUGGUAUAUAUUACUCGGUUGGGCGGAGUGGUGGCCGCUCUUGCGGCCUUGGUUGUGGCUGCUCCGGUCGAUAUUCGAGAUGUCUCGACCACUGUCUACACGCAGCUGGAUCUGUUCGCGCAGUACUCCGCCGCGGCAUACUGCUCGACCAACCUCGAUUCCCCGAAUACGAGCGUGACUUGCACGAACGGACUUUGUCCGUUACUCGCAGCCGCCACGACCAAGAGCCUGGCUGAGUUCGAGGCAUCCGAUUCCUACGGCGAUACAGCGGGAUUCCUCGUGGUUGACUCCACCAACAAGAAACUGGUGGUGUCGUUCCGCGGAAGCAGCUCGAUCGAGAACUGGAUAGCCAAUUUGGACUUUAUCUUCACGGAUGCCAGCGCGGUCUGCAGUGGCUGCCAGGUUCACCAGGGCUUCUGGAAGGCCUGGAGCUCCGUCGCAGACACCCUAACAGCGGAGAUCGCGUCUGCGGUCACUGCGUACCCCGGCUAUAGCCUGGUUUUCACGGGGCAUAGUCUGGGGGGCGCGUUGGCGACCAUUGGCGCGACGGUGCUGCGGAAUGCGGGAUACUCCGUUCAACUGGUGGGUUUCUUCAUGCGGCAGGAGCUGGUGACAAGAAACGUUCUGUUGCUGACGAAAGGACAGUAUUCCUACGGAGCUCCACGAGUGGGCAACACGGCGCUGGCCAACUAUAUCACGAGCAAAGGCUCUGGCUCGAAUUUCCGAGUGACUCACCUCAACGACGUCGUGCCUAGGCUUCCACCCAGGUUGCUUGGUUAUAGUCACCCGAGCCCGGAAUACUGGAUCACCAGCGGAACUGGCGCUGCAGUGACCUCGUCGGAUAUUGAUAUCAUCCAGGGUGUUGACUCUUCUGCUGGCAACGCGGGGGAGAAUAUCACGAGCGUGCUGGCGCACCUGUGGUACUUCAUCAGUAUUGGCACUUGUUGA